UACGUCACAAAAUGGGCGUGUCGCUGUUUCCGGCCGCCAUACUGUACCUCUUUUUCAGACCUAUUCUCAUUGGUUUCAAUUAGUCGAGCAAGUUAUAGAGCAAUUCAUGGAAGCCCCGGUGUUAUCUGACGCUGUAAACUCAUUGGAUCCGUUGCAUAAAAGGCGUUACGUGGAAAAGCUUCAGUUUAUCCAUUCGCCAGAUCCGUAUUUGAUGCCUAAAUCGAUGUUUUUCGACCCGCUGGCUUCGCCUGACAUCUGAUACCCACACAAAAUCAGCCUAUUCUCACGAAAGUUUGAAAAACUUUAAUAGCUUGGAGGCUUAUAAAUGCUACGUUGCUGGUUAGGUGAAACACGUCCUCGUACACGAAAAUUCGGCAGGAAUCUUGUGCUCGGAAGAUGGCUGUGAGUAAAUACAACUCCUUCCGGCUGGCAACAGAGCGGCCUCCUCGUGUCAUCAUUCGUCUGUACAAGAAAACACAAAGCAAAAGUCCUAUAAGCUAGGGGUCACAACAAGACAGGCUACACAACUCUGUGAUCUGUCCUCCUCGUCCAGUCUGCCCAAAUGUGAGAUCACCAUUAAAGGAUGUGUGUCUUUGGCCAAGGCUUUCAAGUUAAACCCCUCCCAUCUUCAAAAGUUAUUUCUCAUCAACAUUUGAAUAGAGGAAAAAGAAAAGAGGGUCUGAUUGAGGAUCGAGGAGGAUCCCAGCUAUAGCCUGAAGACUGUCAAGUAAGAUCUAACCAAUGCUGCUUAUCAGAAUGUAAGUUCAUGUUCAAUACCGAUUGUUUGUGUCUUUCUUCAGAUUUAAAUGGGAAUAAGAACAACGUUUGGUUCUUUGCGUCAACAAGGGCGAGUCGUUCCAAAUGUUCAUUAUUUGAAGACGUUGAGUCCAUUUGGUCUCCUACGGAUUUAGUUCGGUCUCAGGAGGACCAGAAAGACAAAUUGUCACACGGACGGGAGAAGAAGAGGCAACAACAAGGCCGCAUACCCGAUCGACGGUCAUCUCGCUCACUCAUUUAGUGGAAGGAUGCCUCUGGACACCGAGCGUAAGGAGCUGCUGUUGAAAACACUGAUGGAGCUGGGGGAGGACGACUUCCAGUCCUUCAGCAGAUUUAAGUUAUAGUAAGCAAUGAAAAGUUCACAGAUACCCAAUCCAUGGUCAUCUCGCUCAUGCGUUUACAAGGUGGAAGGAUGCCUUUGGACACAGAGCGUAAGGAGCUGCUAUUGUUGCCGCUUCUAGUGCUCAGUUAAGAUACCUCAUCCACGGUCACCUCCCUCACCCGUAUGUAAGUCAGAAGGAUGGCUCUGGACAGCGGAAGGAAGGAGCUGCUGUGGAACACGCUGAGGGAGCUGGGGGAGGACGACUUCGAGUCCUUCAGGUUCCACACGGACCUGCCUCAAAGCGUACGCGAAAACCCUCGCCGGGCGUACAUUGCUGACGAACUGAUGAAGAAGCACGGCCAGAACACCCUGGAGCAGACCAUCAUGCUUCUGGAGAAGAUCGGUAACAACAAUUUGGCCGAGAGGCUGCGCAGCGACAUGGUGAAAAUAAAAGGCGCCGACUUCUCCGUCCACGAUGACGAUCAGAUAGCCAGAUUGAAGAGGGAGCUCCAAGACAACCUGCGGCGUUUAUACAGGUUUGCUUCUGAGGGCAACACCGAGCGCUGGCAGCAGCAGCAGCCCCUGGAGGACGUCUACACGCAGCUAGACAUCACCUACGGGGCAGACGUCAGCCCAGACGGGCGGCAUGAGGUCCUCCAGAUGGAAACGUGUGACGCCGCGGCCAAGCGGUCUAUCCUGCCGUGCGACAUCUUCAAAAGCCCCGACGGGAACCGACGACCGAUACGCACGAUGCUCACCGUUGGCUUCGCGGGAAUAGGAAAAACCUUCCUGAUUCAAAAGUUUGUCUGGGACUGGGCCAGCGGUAAUACUAACCAGGACGUGGACUUCAUAUUUCCUUUCACCUUCCGCGAGUUAAACAUGGAGAAAGGGGAGAGCUUUACGUUGGCCGAGCUGAUCGGCGGAGACAGUCACAUGCGCGAGAGACUGAACGAGAUAUUUAUCUAUCUGCAAACUUCUGGGAAGCAGGACUUUGAAAGCAGCGGGAUCAAGAUCUUGUUUAUCCUCGACGGACUGGACGAGUGCAACUUCAAAAUCGACUUGAAGAAAGCCAGGAAAGUGAACAAGAACGUGAAGGAAAGCUACCCGCUAGAAGUACUGCUGGCGUAUCUCAUCAAAGGGAACCUGCUUCCGUGCGCCAGGGUUUGGAUCACCACGCGGCCCGCGGCGGCCCGCGAUAUCCCCGCCGACCUCAUCGACAGCAGAACAGAGGUGGGAGGAUUCAGCGAAUCCCGGAGGCUGGAGUACUUCAGGCAAAGGUUCCCAAAUGAGGAACGCGUCACUGAGCACAUUCGGAAAUCUCGCACCAUCUUCAUCAUGUGCCAUAUUCCCAUCUUCUGCUGGCUCACCGCCACAGUUCUUCAGGUUCAUUUGGACAAAGGGAAGGAGGGAGAGCUUCCCACAACGCUGACUGACAUGUACUCGGCAUUUAUUGGUCACCACCUGGAAAACUCCAAGGAGAGAAAUACAGCGGCGUACAUCCCUGACGUGAAAGCGCUCGCCAAGCUGGCCUUUGACCACACCAUGAAUCAGCGUCAGAUCUUCUACGAGAAAGACCUGGAGGACAGCUGCUUUGAUUACAGCCAAGCAGCAAAACACUGCGGUUUAUUCACAGAGGUCUUUAAGGAGGUCCAUCCGCUCAAAAGGAAGAAACAAAAGAUGUUUCAGUUUAUCCACCUGACCAUCCAGGAGUAUCUGGCCGCACUGUACGUAAAGAUGUGUUUCUUCCACGACAACAAGAACGUACUGGAUACAUCAAGAUGGAAAAAAUUGUUCAUGCCUGUUAAGCAGAAGACAAUCACUGAGGUCCACAAGUCAGCUCUCCAGAGAGCCUUGGAAAGUGAAGGAAACCUGGAUAUGUUCCUCCGCUUCCUCGUUGGCCUUUCAUUGCAGUGCAACCAGGAAAUAGUGGGGGCACUGCUGAAGGUUCCUCAUGACUGGGAGCAAAGCAAGUCAAAGACAGUCAAGUUGAUACAGAAAAGGAUCAAACGAAACACUCCAGAAAAGAGCGUCAACUUGUUCUACUGUCUAAACGAGCUGAAAGACAACUCCUUACUGAAGCAGAUCCAGCAUCAACUAGUUUCAGGACGUUUGUCCUGGCGUCAAAUGACAAAUGAUAUGUGGUCGGCCCUGGCCUUCUUCUUACUUACGGACGACGAAACCAUGAAGUCCUUUGAUCUUCGCCGCUACUCCCCAUCGCCUUUGGGACUCAAGAAGCUUCUGUUGGUGGUCAAGGCUUCUCAAAAAUCAGAUCUAAAUCAAUGUCGCCUGGACAAAGGCAGCUGUCACCUGCUGAAUUCCGUUCUCAGUUCUCCAUCCAACCUGAGGCAUCUGAGUCUGGGCUUGAACCAUCUGUCGGACGAGGGGGUCGAGAUCCUCUCAAAAGGACUGGCCAGCCCACACUGCAACUUAGAAGUCCUCAAGCUGCUCCGCUGCAGAAUCACCAGUAAAGGAUGUGUUUCAUUGGCUGAGGCACUCAAGUUAAACCACUCCCAUCUCCAAGAGCUGGACCUCACCAGGAACGAUCUGUCGGAUGAAGGGGUCGAGAUCCUCUCGAAAGGACUGGCCAGCCCACACUGCAUCAUAAAAAUCCUCAAGCUGUCAUGGUGCAGCAUCACGAAGAAAGGAUGUGUUUCAUUGGCUAAGGCACUGAAGGUAACCCCCUCCCAUCUUCAAGAGCUGGACCUGAGCUUGAACGAUCUGUUGGAUGAAGGGGUCGAGAUCCUCUCAAAAGGACUGGCCAGCCCACAUUGCAUCUUAAAAGUCCUCAACCUGUCCAAAUGUGGGAUCACCCAUAAAGGAUGUGUUUCAUUGGCCGAGGCACUCAAGGUCACCCCCUCCCAUCUUCAAGAGCUGGACCUGACCCGGAACAAUCUGUCGGAUGAAGGGGUUGAGAUCCUCUCGAAAGGACUGGCCAGCCCACACUGCAUCUUAAAAAUCCUCAAGCUGUCAUGGUGCAGCAUCACGAAGAAAGGAUGUGUUUCAUUGGCUGAGGCACUGAAGGUAACCUCCUCCCAUCUUCAAGAGCUGGACCUGAGCUUGAACGAUCUGUCGGAUGAAGGGGUCGAGAUCCUCUCAAAAGGACUGGUCAGCCCACACUGCAUCAUAAAAGUCCUCAAUCUGGAACACUGCAGGAUCACCAGUAGAGGAUGUGUUUCAUUGGCUGAGGCACUGAAGGUAACCUCCUCCCAUCUUCAAGAGCUGGACCUGAGCUCGAACGAUCUGUCGGACGAAGGGGUUGAGAUCCUCUCGAAAGGACUGGCCAGCCCACACUGCAUCUUAAAAAUCCUUAAGCUGUCACUGUGCGAGAUCGCAGAUAAAGGAGGCAUUUCAUUGGCCAAGGCUCUCAAGUUAAACCCCUCCCAUCUUCAAGAGUUGAAUCUCGGGGCAAAUCGAAUAGAGAAAGAAGGAAAGAGGGUCUUAUUGGACAUCAAGGAGGAUCCCAGCUAUAGCCUGAAGACUGUCAGGUUUAUCUAAGAAGAACGUUUGGUCCUUGGCAUCAAGAAGGGCGAGUCAUUCCAAAUGUUCAUUUUUAGAAGACGUCGAGUCCAUUAGGUCUCCUUCAGAUUUAGUUCGGUCUCAUGUACUCUCCGACGAUCGCAAGAGGACCGGGUGUCGCCGCUACGGGCAAAGCGGCCUCGCUCACAGAAUUCGGGGAGGUCGUCGUCAGGGUCUUUGCAGCCACAUGGAGGUGGAGUUCAAGGGGAAGGUCUACGACGUUCCCACCAAACUGCUGGCAGUUUUAUUCAUCCAUUUAUUUGUACUGGAAGGGGCUGUCCAAAUGGAUUGGACUCUAGAGCAUCAUCAAUGGCAGCCAGUGAGUUCAAUAAGUACCCUUUAAAGGGUUAACUAAUGUUUUACACAAAUUUAAAAGAAAAUGUGAUACGUACACCUAAAAUAGUUUUGCUCAUUUUGACAUCGUUGUUUUAAAUUUGAUCAUUUUCACUUUUUUGUGCAAUAUGUUGUUGUGUAUGAGAACAUUAAAACCCUAACUUGAAAUAAACGUUUUUAAAAAUCAUCUAAAAAUUCAAAAUGAACUUGAAUCAAUACACUGGAAACGUUUCAUUUUGUUGACUUGAUUGAAAUGCAGGAAAGUCAGGAGGUCGAGUCUCCAAUACAAUGAGAAGAAUUACAAUGCCAAGUAACACGACUCUGAUUAUGUUUUUUUAAAAAGAAAUGAUAAGCAGUAUAUGAGUUCUUUUAACCAAAUAUGUUUUACUUGAAUGCAUUUAAUGGAUGACCCCUUUUUCUUUAACUUGAGUCAUAUUAUUUGGAAGUAAUGCUCAUUCUUGAGUACAAUUUUCGGCUUCUCUACCCAACUUUGGAAAAAUAACAAACGACUGGUGUAUGCCAAAGUAGCAAGAGUAGCAUAUUUUCUUCACACAUCUAUUCAAGUGAAAUGUUUGGUGUGGUGAAACUACUGUUAAAAGUACUUUUCUUUUCUCCAAAAGUCAAUAUCCCGGAA